AACCAUACUCGACCCCAAAAGCACCAAUUCAAUAAAUAAUUGCCCAACCACCAAACCCUCUUCCAAAAUUACACACCGAAUCUUCCAAUCGAGUACGCUGGACGGGAACCAAAACAUUCAAGAUGCCUUCAAUGUGGUUAUCCGAUUCGCAAAGUAAGUUUUGCCGUUCCCCAUGGUAUAAUGAAGGUAAAUGGAUGGGUUUGCGCCGGGAAUGAUGGGAGUGGGAAGGAGGGUUUUAGUAGAGAGAAAUGUUAAUGAUUCCUCGCUUUAGAAAUUGGGGUAGCCUUCUGCUCAGGUGGUAUGUAAGCAUCUUUUCCUCGCCGGGUUCUAGGAGUCGGCGCAUGAAGUGGUGGAAGUGGCAUGCACAGGGACUGAUCUUUGGGGAUACGGAUAGGUGGAUUCUUUCUGAUAGGAGGCGUGAUGUUGUUUUUCGAUAGGGCUAUGUAUGUCUUCCUCUGUCCCUUUUCACUUCUCUUCCUCCUACCUCAAUGUUCCUAAGUUUCACAAACUAAUACGCAACAGGCUCGCAAUGGGAAACGUAAAUCCCCCCUUUCCCCUCCUUCAAAUUGGCAGUCCUAACACAGCGACUAUCUAGAUCCUAUUCCUCAUCGGUCUCACAAUCAUAAUCGGCCCCAAGAAAACAGCCUCCUUCUUCGCGCGCAAACAGAAGUUAAAAGGCACCGCGGCAUUCUUCAUGGGUCUUUUUCUCAUCCUGAUGCGCUGGGCGUUUGUCGGUUUCCUGGUGGAGUUGUAUGGUAUAUUCAUACUCUUUGGCGAUUUCCUGGGUACGAUCCUGGGGUUUGGGAGGAAUGUUCCGGUUGUGGGGAAGUAUAUUGGGAUGUUGGCGGACAGAGUUGGAGGUGGGGGAGAGUUGCCUGUAUAGAUUGAAAGGGAGGGAGGUAUACUGGAAAGAAUAACGGCACAUCCUCCAAGUUGGGCGGACUUACGAACGGUGGGCUUGAAAAGGAAGUAUUGAUGAUACCCGGGCUGCGAUUUGAUACCGGGGGUUAAAAUAUGUGCUGUUAACGUGUAUUAUACGGGUUCAGGAUUUCCUGGCGUUCCGGUGUUUUGAUAGAGGAAAUUUCGAGCUGUCGAACGAGUUGCUAAAUAGAGCUUCUGAUUAUGAAUGACUCUUUUCAUGCAUGCAACAUAAUCACAA